CCUAUAUUUGUUGAUGGACCAAGGGAUCAGACAGUCUCUGAGGGUAAGGAUGUUGAAUUUAGCUGUAAUGCCAGAUCGGCAUCUAACGAACGACCCCCUUCCACACCAACCUGGUACAUCAAUGGUGAAGCCACUGGACCACACAUAGGUAAAUUUUGACAUUUUUAGUAGGAGCAGGAUUUUGCGGAACUAAUUAAUAAGCCGAAUAAAUUUUGUUCACCCAAGUUUGUGAAAUUUUAAAAUGGUUCUUUAAGAGCAAUUUUAUUUAUGAAUAAUAUUGCAUUAUUAUUUUUUCAGAUCGAGCCAAAUACGUCAUUGAAAACAAGAAACUAACUGUAAAGAGUGUCCACAAGGCUAGAGAUAUAUUGUGUGUCCAAUGUUCAGUUACUAAUGCUAGAGGCACAACGUGGGGAGAUGGAUGUCUUAAUGUUCUAUGUAUGUGGUUGAACUUUCAUUUAGGAUAAAAGUCAAAUAUCUUUAUAAUUAUUUAAAGAAAAAAAUUAACAUUAUUAAAUUUAAAAGGAUUAAAAUUUAUUUCAACAAACCAAUAAACCUGGAUUAUUUCAUCUGAAAUUAAUUAUUACAUAAGAGAAAUUCAAAAUGUCACAUCAGUCUGUUUACAAAUAUAUACCAACCAUGCAUUUCAUACUUAAUACUAGUUCUUUCUUUUCAUUAUAUUGUAUGUAGUGCCUAUAACGAUAACAGUACAACCAGCAGUCGAACAGAGCGUUGAUCACGGUGACGUCAUAGACCUUACCAUUAAAGCUACAACAGACGAAUCACAGACACUGGCUUACAAGUAAGAAUUGCUUUCUUUAAAUAUUUAAAUAGGAAUCUUGGUGUCAGCACAUUUAAUUUGGAAAUAGAACUACAUAGUUGAAUGGAAUAUUAUGGUCAAAUUAGUUUGUACAUCUAACAAGGAUACCUUAUGUACAAUCACCUUUUAAUAUAUUUAAAUAAAAGCUCUCGUUUGGACACUGAAUGUGUAAAUUUGGAUGGAAGAUUUGUGUUUUUGUUAACAAUUCACAUAUUUAUUGAAUUUGUCCCCACCAGGUGGCUCCACUUUCAGAAUAAAAGUACAAC